AUGGAAAUAAUAGGGGAUUCUGACUCCCUUAAAUGUAAAUUCAUGGACGAUACCUUUAAAGAGGGAGCUCUGCGAUGGUAUAUGAGCUUACCUCGAUUCUCGAUCGUUAGCUACCAGGACUCAACUAAAAUGAUGGUACAAGAUUUUUCAGCAAACAAACAUAGAAAGGUGUCUACUACUAGUUUGUUUAACGUCCGACAAGGACACUCAGAAUCUCUCAGAGAGUAUUUGGCAAGGUUCAACGAAGAAACAAUUAAAGUGUCUCAUCUGAAUCAGGAAAUGUUCGUAUGGGCAUUUCAACAUGGCCUUAAAGUCUGGCAGUUCAACGAAUCAUCAGUACAAAAGUCGACAUCUAGCAUGAAUGACGUUAUUACCAUAGAGGAAUUCUACAUCGAAUGGGAGGAAAGUAACAUGGAAAAGAGAUAUCGAGAUGCCAAAGAAAAAAUACGAGCUAAGAAAGAAGGUGUCGGGCAUAAUAAGGAGUACUUUAGGACCAAACUCUGGGACUAUAUAACGAUGAGGCCAUCUCAGCGUCCGAUUGACAAAGUGGCCGAGUACACACCAUUGAAUUCCAGACGAGAGGACAUCUUGAGAGAAGUAUAUAAUCUGAAAUUACUUCCCAUAUCAGGGCGUCUAAAAGGGGUCCAUAUUGUGAUGGGAAACGACGAGAGUGCAUGGUGUGCAUACCACAAACUUCACGGACAUCACACUGAGAAUUUCCAUCAACUAAAUAAAGAAAUCAAGAUCUUAAUUCGAAGAGGACGACUGAUGUCUUAUGUUAAAGACGUCGAAGGUCAAACAGGAAAGAGAAGACAUCCCCGAGAAGACACCAACUCAGAAAACCCAACACAAAAGAAAGGGAAGAAUAUAGAGGAAGUCCGCGAAGCCCAGAUGACUCGUCACACAUUGAACACUAUUGCUGGGGGAUUCACGGGAGGAGGAGAAACCAGUUCAUCCAGAAAAAGAUAUGCCUGGACAAUGAUGCAUGUUUGGCAGAAGCCGUCUUCAGAAGAAGAGGAAACCCCAAACAUAAUCAGUUUUUCUAUAAGGGAUGCUGAAGGAGUAUUAGUCCAUGAAAAUGACUCGAUGGUGAUCAAAGUGAAAAUCCGAGACUGGAGCGUGAAACAAGUCUUAGUAGAUUCGGGGAGUUCAGUAGAUGUUUGGUAUUGGGAUGCGUUCAAAGGGAUGGGUUUUGAUAUCUCCGAAAUGUUACCUUUUAAAGGUACUUUGGUCAGAUUCUCCGGAGAGCAUGUACAUGUACUAGGACAUUUUCCUAUGAUAACAACUUUCGGCAGUUAUGACAUUGCAAAAAGUGUUAAGUUGAGGUAUUUAAUGGUCAACGAUGCAUCUCCCUAA